GCGGAGGAGGAGGCGGGGAGGGAGGGGGGGGUCCGGCCGGAGAAAUUAAAUCCGCGGCGGCAGGAGGGAGGCGGGGCCCGGCGAGCGGCGGAAGGCGGGCCGGAGAGGGGCGUGUGGCGGCGGCGGCGGCGGCCGUGGUGGCGGUUCCUUGCCCGGCCUCUCCCGUGGGACGGAGGGGGGUCCUCCGGCGCGCCCCCUCGGGGCCCCGGCCAGGCCCAGGCGGAGAGCUGAAGACAAGAAGUUAGGGGUAUUUUGCCGAGACCUGCCAUCAUGGAGACAGAAAGUGAGCAGAACUCGAACUCGGCCAGCGGAAACUCAGGCUCUGGUGGAAGCACCCGCCCUCAAAUAUCCCAGAUGACGCUCUACGAACGGCAGGCAGUGCAGGCUCUUCAGGCCCUGCAGAGGCAGCCCAACGCAGCCCAGUAUUUCCACCAGUUUAUGCUCCAGCAGCAGCUCAACAGCGCACAGCUUCACAGCCUGGCUGCAGUUCAACAGGCCACCAUAGCGGCCAGCCGACAGGCGAGCUCUCCAAACACGAGCACCCCUCAACAGGCGACCACCACGCAGGCCUCCCAGAUGAAUUCAGCUACAACAUCCGCUGCCCAGCUGAUCAGCCGUUCGCAAAGCGUCAGCUCCCCUAGUGCCACAACCCUCACCCAAUCGGUGCUGCUGGGGAACACCACCUCGCCGCCUCUUAACCAGUCUCAAGCUCAGAUGUACCUUCGGCCGCAGCUGGGGAACCUGUUGCAGGUGAACCGGACCUUGGGCCGCAAUGUGCCUCUUACCUCUCAGCUCAUCCUGAUGCCGAAUGGGGCUGUGGCUGCUGUUCAGCAGGAGGUGCCAUCCGCUCAUUCUCCCGGGGUCCACGCAGACACGGACCAGGUGCAAAACUUGGCCGUCCGGAGCCAGCAGACCUCCGCAGCCAACGUCCAGCUCCAAGCCUCUGCUCCAAAGGCAGCUUUGCCGGGGAAUUCCCAGGCUUCGGUUCAACCCCAGGCGACGCACGCCGGCCAGACCUUGACAGUGACGCAGACGUCUUCUGGCGGCAUGGGCCAGUCGCUCAAUCUCAGCCAGGGAGCAAUGGGAAGCAACGGCCUCUCCGGGGGCGUGGUGUCCUCCAUCGCAAACCAAGCCCCUACCAGCCUGAGCCAAGCGACACCGUCCGGCGCAGGGGGCAGCUGCCAGAGGAAAGGGACUGGGGUUGUUCAGCCCUUGCCGGUAGCCUCUGCUGCCCAGGCGGUCACCGUGAGCCAGGGAAGUCAGACGGAGGCGGAAAACGCGGCAGCAAAGAAGGCCGAGUCUGAUGGGAGUGGCCCACAGACCGUGGGCAUGAACCUGACCAGGACAGCGACGCCAGCCCCCAGCCAGACCUUGAUCAGUUCUGCCACCUACACCCAGAUCCAGCCCCACUCGCUGAUCCAGCAGCAGCAGCAGAUCCACCUCCAGAAGCAAGUCGUGAUCCAGCAGCAGAUCGCCAUCCACCACCAGCAGCAGUUCCAGCACCGGCAGUCCCAGCUCCUCCACACGGCCACCCACCUCCAGCUGGCCCAGCAGCCCCCGCAGGCCCCGUCCCUGGCCCAGUCGCAGGCCCCGCCCCUCCAAGGCCAGCAGCCCGCCCAGACCCUCGUGGUCCAGCCCAUGCUCCACUCGCAGCCUCAGCCAGUGCAGCUGCAGCAGCAGCCGCCGCAGCAAGACAGCCCGUGCCAGAUGGCGACCAAGUCGCCCGUCGCCAUCCAGUCCAAGCCGCCCGUCGUCCCGCUCAAAGUCCCCCAGCUGGGCGCGGCCAAGAUGUCAGCCUCCCAGCAGCCCCCGCCUCACAUUCCCGUGCAGGUGGUGGGCAGUCGCCAGCAGGGCUCGGCCCAGGCCCAGGCCUUGGGCCUUCCCCAGAUGAACGCCGCUGGGCAGCCUUCCCGGGGGAUGCCCGCCGUGGUCCAGCCGGUGUCCCAGGCCCACACGACCUCCCUCCUGUCCCAGGGCUCAUCGGCCGCGUUUUCUUCCUCUCCUCCCCCUCCCCAAGAAGCCCCUCCCUCGCUCAACCCUGGGGUCAACGUGGCGCAAGUCCAAGGCACCACGCAGGUGGUGAAGAGCGUGGCUUCUUCUCCCGGCGUGGCUCAGGCAUCAGCAGCGGCCUACUACGUGCAGCCUGUUCAGCUGCCUAGCAAGCCCCAGACUUUGGCAGUCAAGCGCAAGGCAGAAUCCGAAGAGGAAAGAGACGAGCCCAGCGUGCUGCCCGCUCUUCUGCCUGCCAAGUCGUCUCCUGCGGCGGAGAGUCCCAAAGUCAUGGAGGAGAAGAGCGGCCUGGGAGAGAAAUCAGAGUCCGCCCCCAGCGCCGCCUCAGACGCAUCCCCCUGUGACCCAAGCUCUGUCGCGCCUUCAUCCAUGCCUUCAUCCACGCUGGGGAUGGUGUCACGUCAGCUGGGAGACUCCAAGCCCCCACAAGCCAUUGUCAAACCCCAGAUUCUCACACACGUCAUAGAGGGUUUCGUCAUCCAGGAAGGGGCAGAACCAUUUCCGGUGGGUUGUUCUCAGCUCCUGAAAGAUUUCGAAAAGCCUCUUCAGGGAGGGGCUUCUUCUAGACAGACCGAGAGCCAGCCGAGCAACUCCCCAGGAGGCGAUAGCGUGACAGCAGAGCAAGAUAAGAAAGGAAACCUGCUGAAGUGUGAAUUCUGCGGAAAAUACGGCCCCGCCAAUCAGUUCCGUGGUUCUAAGAGGUUCUGUUCUGUAACGUGUGCCAAAAGGUACAACGUGGGGUGCAGCCAUCAGCUCCGUUUGCAAAGGAAGAAGAUGAAGGAGAUCCAGGAAGCCAGCUAUGCCCGUCGACGGCGUGGGCCCCGGCGCAGCAGCUCAGAAAUCGCCCGGGCCAAGAUCCAGGGCAAGCGCCAUCGGGGCCAAGAAGACUCCAGCCGAGGGUCCGACAACUCCAGUUACGACGAAGCGCUGUCCCCCACCUCUCCCGGACCCCUCUCGGUCCGAGCGGCUCACGGAGAACGAGACCUGACCGGCUCGAGCAUGAUCCCGCCAACCACCGACCUUCACGGCAUCAAUCCGGUCUUCCUCUCCAGCAACCCCAGCCGCUGGAGCGUGGAGGAAGUGUACGAGUUCAUUGCCUCCUUACAAGGCUGCCAAGAGAUCGCCGAGGAGUUCCGUUCCCAGGAGAUUGAUGGCCAGGCCCUGCUCCUGCUAAAGGAAGAGCACCUCAUGAGCGCCAUGAACAUCAAGUUGGGCCCUGCCCUCAAGAUCUGUGCCAAGAUCAAUGUCCUCAAGGAGACCUAAUAGCACCCACACGGCCAGCUGGCCUCCUCUGCGAGCCGAGGCCGCCUCUUUGAGUUCUUGACACGGAACGGAGGAAAAAUGGACUUCUCUUGUAAGCUUGUAUCAGUGCUGCGAAGGGGAUGGACAUGUUCCUGGGAACGUCUCCCUUGAAGAAUGACUUGGGCAGCUGGGACAUUCUCUGGCCUCUGAACUGUUUCUGAGGGUCAGUGUGACUACGAAGAGAGCGGGUUCCUGUAAUAGUCUGCGGGCUCUCCUGAGGGGAAGCGCCAAGGAGGAAAGGCUUCCCUCUUCUCAGAGCAGAGCCGCGUUGAGUCCUCCUUUCUCCUCAGAACAGUUAGAUUCCCAGGGAGGGAGCGGCUAAUGCCGGUUAUCGGUCAAGCUUUGUCUGGAGAAAAACCGGCCCGGCGGGGAGAACUCCCAAACUGCCGACCGCCACCUUUUCUUUUCUCCUCAGCUGCAAAUCUCUAGUUCGUGGUGCUGAGUGGAGUCUCCCCAAAGGCCUCCAUCUCGCAACCGGUGGGAGCGGGGAGGGUGAAUGUCGCAGUUUUAAAGAUUGGGGCUUGCUGGUGCCCGGUGGAGCCUUCCUCAGAUAACCUGAGCGCCUCCAGCUGUGUGGCAUCAAGGAGCAACCGUGUGGACACCUUUAAAAAAAUAAAAUAAAAAGGUUUGAGUGCCACACCUGUCUACUGGGGUUAGGAUGUACCUUUUGAGAUCCAAAGGAAAACACAAGCGUGCUGGAACGCCGGGUGUUGCGUCCGGCGUUUUACUUCUUUUCUUUUCCAGUUUUGUAUCUUGCCCUCCCUCCCCACGCCCAAGACAGAAAGCUUCCGCAAGCAGGUUUGUAUCCUCUUAUCAGAGGCCUGUUUUAUUUUUGUUUGACAGAAAGAUUCCCUCAGUAAAAAGAAUGCUUCAAACAAACAAAAAA